CUCUCUUCUCCGCCUCCCUCUCUGAUCUUUAGAGAGAGAGUUUUAGCUUGAACGGCGGAGGGGAGACGGGAUUUUCCGAUCUGAUCUGGUCUAAGUCUAGGGCUUUGGGAAGAUGUCGUCGGUGGGAACUUCGAAGGGGGUUCUGGAGAUCGCCAAGUUCGGGCUGUACGUCACCGUUCCUGUCGUCCUCAUGUAUGUCUUCGCCAACAACUCCAAGAACCUCCAGAAAUUAAUGGGCAAUAAAUCUUAUAUCGUGUACCCCCCUAAGGCUGAGAGGCCUCCAUCACCGGAAGAACUGAGGGAGAUGGCCCGAGAGAUGGCUCGUAAGAGAAAUUCCGGAAUGUAAGUGAAUGGGAACCUUUUUAUACUGUACGUUCCGUUUGUACUUCACUCAGAUGAUCUAGUACAAAGCAAUAGAUAGCUUGUGUUUUACUCCUUGAAAUGGCAUGGGGUGCUGAAACGCUUCUAAGCAAUUCGCGACAAGUCUAUGGAGUCAUCUAUAUGUUUCCAUUCCUAGAAAGAAUACAUGACUGCUACGAAUAUUUUGAUGCCAACCAUGGUAAAUAAAUGGUAACAUUUCAUAGACUGAGGUUUUGGGUCA